GUCCAGGCUUAAAAGCGUGACCGCAGUUUGGAUCAAGACUCAGGUCGUCAACAACAACUCUUCUUUCUCCCCAAGCUAGCAUACCUCAAAUUCUCCGUCUACCGCCGCCGGCUGCAAAUCCGAUGGAUUCCUCGCCUCUCAAUCAUUUGCCAGAAGAAACCAUCCACCAGAUCUUCUUCCAACUUCCCCUCCGCCAAAUAGCCGCCUGCAAGUGCGUCUGCAAAGCCCUUAACUCCGCCCUCUCCUCGCCGUCAUUCCGCCACCUUCUAUCCGCCCAACACACCUCUCUCUCCCUCCUCGCCCUCAAGCCAUCUGAUCGCCACAUUUCCCCCUUUCCCAACCUCCAUGCCUUUGACCCUGCGUUAAGUCAGUGGCUCAGAUUCUCUCUCUCUUUCCUUCCGUUUUCGUCUCUUCAUCCGAUUACUUCUUCAGAUGGGCUACUGUAUCUCUGGGCUGCUCGACCCCCUUCGCGAAAUUCCAAUACCGCCCAUGUGAGGAAUUCUUCCCAGAAGUCCCUUGUGGUUUGUAACCCUUUAAUCGGCCAGUUCAAAAUCCUCCCUCAGCUCGGCUCGGCUUGGUCUCGCCACGGCUCUGUUUUAGCUGGUUCGGGUAAUACUGUCCUCCUCCUUACAGAGCUUGCCAUUCUCUACUAUUCUGAAAGUAAUGGCGUUAAUGGGGCUGUUAAUUCUGGUGGUGUCUCGUGUAAUUGGCUCAAGUUCACCUCGAAUUUACCAUCAAAGCCUCGGAGUCCUGUAAUGGUAUCCGAUUCGAUUCUGGCGUUGUGUGAUGUGGGAUCUCCGUGGAGGUCGCAGUGGGCUAUAUAUAAGACGAAAAUAACAGAUAUGGAGAAAAAGAAGCAUUGGGUUCGGGUGGAGAAGAGGCAGUGGGGUGACAUCUUUGGCAUUUUGAAGCGGCCGCGAUUGGUAAAGGCCAUGAAUGACAAGAAAGUUCACAUGGUUGGAGGGUUAAAAAGCUCGUUUGCUCUCCACAGCUCAUGCACUACCAUCUUGAUAUUGAGGUUGGAUUUGGAAAGCCUGGAGUGGGAGGAGGUUGGGCGAAUGCCUGUGGAAAUGUAUAGGUGCUUCAUGGAGAGUAGUAAAUUUAAGGUGUUUGGUGGGGGGAAUAAGGUGUGUUUUUCUGCGAAAAGGGUGGGAAAGUUGGUUCUUUGGGAAGAAACUGAGGAGGGCAAGGCCGAAUGGAGGUGGAUUGAAGGUUUGUCAGGGCAUGGAGACGGCCUUUGUCGUGGAUUUGUAUAUGAGGCCAGGCUUGAUGCUGUGCCAUAGGUGAGAAGGAGCUUUAACGUUGUGGUAUCUUAUUUGAAUUGGAAUUCAAUGACAUUAUUUUACAUCAAAUUGAAAAUGUUGAUUAUGCUUCAUGUAAUGAUCAGGCUUUGAUUGUGUUUAUGCAUUUGUAUUGCUUUGGAUUGCUUAACUAGUGAAAUUAAUUAUUUGUCUUUCGUGUGUUACAUGAAAUUUGUUUUAGUAAAAGUUCAAAAGCUCCAAGCUUUACUUGAUUGUA